AUGCGAUUUCAUCAAGUUGAGACUAGAACUACUAUAGAUUUUGGGCUGAGUAAUGAUGGAGCAUUGUGGUUCCGAGGUAGGAUCUGUGUACCUAAUGAUAGGGAUUUGAGGCUGUCGAUUUUGAGGGAAGUGCAUAGUAGUCCGUACGCUAUACAUCCUAAUGGAAUUAAGAUGUAUAAAGAUCUCCGAGAGUUGUACAGGUGGCCAGGGUUGAAGCAUGAGAAGUUGGCUAAACUUUACAUCUCAGAGAUAGUAAGACUAUAUGGGGUUCCAGUGUCGAUUAUCUCUGAUAUAGAUCCUCGGUUUACUUCUCGAUUGUGGAAAAAGCUUCAUGAGGUUUUGGGUUCACAACUUGACUUCAGUAGUGCAUUUCAUCCUCAGACAGAUGGUGAGCGACGUGUUCUGGGUUCAAAGUUGAUUUCAGAGACUAAGGAUAAGGUCCGGUUGAUUCGAGAGCAUCUGAAAGUGACUUCUGAUAGACAGAAGUCUUAUGCCAAUUUGAACAGGAAGGACAUUGAGUAUUCUGUGGGGACUUGGCUUUUCUUAAGGUCUCGCCAUGGAAGAAGGUUCUGA